AUUGUGGCGUGAAAAGGGUGGGGGAAUAAAGGACUCAGAAACUUCCUCGCCUGAAAGGAACUAGGGGCGGAGUGAACAACGCGCAUGCGCAUUACAAAUCAAUGGCGGGAGGCAGACUGGCGGAAGCUGGCUUUCCAACAUGGCGGCUCACACUGAUCGGCUGCUCAAACGGGUGCUGGUGCCAAUUCUUUUACCUGAGAAAUGUUACGACCAACUUUUUGUCCAGUGGGAUUUGCUUCAUGUUCCCUGCCUGAAGAUUCUCCUCAGCAAAGGCCUGGGGCUGGGCAUUGUGGCUGGGUCACUUCUUGUAAAGCUGCCCCAGGUAUUUAAAAUCCUGGGAGCCAAGAGUGCAGAAGGGCUGAGCCUCCAGUCUGUAAUGCUGGAAUUAGUGGCAUUAACUGGGACUGUGGUCUACAGCAUCACCAACAACUUCCCCUUCAGCUCUUGGGGUGAAGCCCUGUUCCUGAUGCUCCAGACAGUUACCAUCUGCUUCCUGAUCAUGCACUUCAGAGGACAGACUGUGAAAGGAGUUGCUUUCCUAGCCUGCUAUGUGCUGAGCCUGCUGGUGCUGCUUUCAUCACUUACACCACUGACUAUAGUCACCCUGCUCCAGGCUUCUAAUGUGCCUGCUGUGGUGGUGGGAAAGCUGCUCCAGGCAGCCACCAACUACAGCAACGGGCACACAGGUCAGCUCUCAGCUAUCACAGUCUUCCUGCUAUUUGGGGGCUCCUUGACCCGAAUCUUUACUUCCAUUCAGGAAACUGGAGACCCCCUCAUGGCUGGAGUCUUCGUGGUCUCCUCCCUCUGCAAUGGCCUCAUCGCUGCCCAGGUCCUCUUCUACUGGAACACAAAGCCUCCCCACAAGCAGAAAAAGGAGCAGUAGAGCUGAGCCAGCUACUGGAGUUAAUUCAGUUUCCAUUCAUUUACCCACCCUCAGAGUCCUCCCCACCAGUGUGCUGGAGCCUCUCAGCCAUCCACUCCUCAGCAAUUGAAACUUUCUGGGCCAGGGCUUGUUUUUAGUGGAAACUGGCAGUUGGUGGGUCCAGAUUCUUAGAUGGGGACUAAAGUUUCAUCCCCAAACAAAAAAACACCAUUUCUAAGGCAUGUGAUUAUUCACUCAUUUCAUCAUUUGGCUCAUCUAGCAGCAGUUUCUAGUUACUUCUGUACUGGGGCAAUGUUUUGUCCUGUCCUCUCACCUCCCCACUGUUCUUCCCGCCUAAAGGACAGAGUCUGGAGCAGGGCCUGGAGAGGACUCAGGGCUGUGCCCCCUCCCCCUCAUUUAGGACUGCUGUCUCCUGGACCGUGCUGGGGGUGGGGAAAGGGGACUGCAUGACUCAGACAGGGCCCCAGGGUGGGGUGAGGCGGUUCCUGCUCUGGCAGGUUCUGGCGGAAGGGAGUGGAGAUAGUGCUAGUUCCUGUUGCAGUGAGGUGAAGAUGGGAUGCAAUAAAGACACAAACGCGUGGUUUCAUCAUA